CCGCUCUGUGGAGCCGCGGCGCAGGUCAGGCCGGAGUAAGCGGAUCCUGGUUGUCACUGGUGGCACCAAGUCCGCGCCGUUGCUCAGUGCCGGUGGCUGGGCCAUGUUGGUGUCCCGAGAACGGCCGCGCGGUUACCGUGAGGCCGCUGUUAGAUAGUCCGGGCUGACCAUCAGCUUCAGACCGCAGUGGCUGUAACUCCAGGCCGGGGCUUGCUCUUUGUGGUAAAAGACUCAAGGUUCAAGUUCCACUCCUGAACCUAAGCUCCUCAUUGUUGCAUCUGCUUUUGCUAUACUGGUAGGAGUCAUAUGCUGUUACAGAUUUAGUCCUGGAAAACAUUGAAAGGAAUUGGAAGCAAAAUGUCGAUCAUGGGCUUAAAGAAGAAACAACCCAAAACUUUCAAAGUUAAGGUUAUCACCAUGGAUGCAGAGAUGGAAUUUAGCUGUGAGGUGAAAUGGAAAGGAAAGGAUUUAUUUGACUUGGUGUGUCGAACAAUUGGAUUGCGUGAAACCUGGUUCUUCGGCCUGCGAUAUAUUGUAAAAGAUACAUACGCAUGGCUAAAAAUGGAGAAAAGGGUAUUGGAUCAAGAGGUUCCCAAGGAGGAUCCAAUCACAUUUCACUUCUUGGCCAAGUUUUACCCUGAAAAAGUAGAAGAAGAGCUCGUCCAGGAAAUCACGCAGCACCUUUUCUUUCUGCAGGUUAAGAAGCAGAUUUUGGAUGAGGAGAUUUACUGUUCCCCUGAGGCUUCGGUUCUGUUGGCAUCUUAUGCAGUUCAAGCUAAGUAUGGAGACUAUGAUCCUAAUUUUCAUAAACCUGGUUUCCUGGCUCAGGAUGAACUACUGCCUAAAAGAGUUCUUAAACAGUAUCAAAUGACAGCAGAUAUGUGGGAAGAAAAAAUAACAGCUUGGUAUGCUGAGCACAGGGGAAUCACCAGAGAUGAAGCUGAAAUGGAAUACUUAAAGAUUGCACAAGACCUAGAAAUGUAUGGAGUAAACUAUUUUCCAAUCACACAAAACAAAAAGGAUACAGACUUACUGCUUGGAGUUGAUGCACUUGGCCUUCAUAUCUACAUCCCUGACAACAAACUCUCAUCUAAGAAGUCAUUUGCAUGGAGUGGGAUCCGAAACAUUUCCUACAGUGAAAAAGAGUUUACUAUCAAACCCUUAGAUAAAAAGGCAGAGGUUUUCAAAUUCUACUCUUCACAACUCCGAGUGAACAAGUUGCUUGGUACUGUUCCACUACACCUUGGAGCACACGUGUCCCCUGCCACUAUAUUACAGUUGUGUAUUGGAAAUCAUGACCUGUUCAUGAGAAGAAGAAAAGUGGAUUCAAUUGAAGUCCAACAAAUGAAAGCUCAAGCUAGAGAAGAGAAAGCCAGAAAAAAGAUGGAACGCCAAAGAUUAGCCAGAGAAAAAAAGUUGAGGGAGGAGGCUGAACGAGCAAAAGAAGAUCUAGAGAGACGCCUUUACCAGUUACAGGAUGAGUCAAGGCUAGCCAAUGAAGCCUUGAUCCGAUCGGAGGAGACAGCUGAUUUACUUGCUGAGAAGGCACAGAUUGCAGAGGAGGAAGCCAAACUGCUUGCUCAGAAAGCUGCAGAAGCUGAGCAGGAGAGGCAUAGGCUGGAGGUCACAGCCCUGAAGACGAAGGAGGAAAAACGUCUAAUUGAACAGAAGAUGCGAGAAGCUGAGCUGAUAGCUGUCAAGUUAGUGGAGGACUCAGAGCGGAGAUCCAAGGAAGCAGAACAACUGAAGCAGGAUUUAAAUGAAGCCAGAGAGGCAGAGAGAAGAGCCAAGCACAGAUUGUUGGAGAUUACAAAACCUAGUUAUCCGACGACGACUUCAUAUUCUGCUCAUCCACCUGCCGAUGUUGGUGAUCUGAACCUGGAAUCUGGAUCUUUUAAAUUUGACUUUAAAGACACAGAUAUGAAGCGACUCUCUAUGGAAAUAGAACGAGAACGUGUGGAAUACAUGGAGAAAAGCAAACAUUUGCAAGAACAGCUGAAGGAGCUAAAGACUGAAAUCGAAGCUCUGAAACUAGAAGAACGACAUGCUAACAUGGGCAUCCCUACCAACGAAACUAUGGAAUUUGAUGAAAAUACUUACACACCACUCAGUAAUCUUAAUCUACAAAGUGUAACAGCCAAGACACAAGUGGCCUUUCUAGAAGAACUAUAAUAUCAUUGACAUUUGACUACCCAGCCUGGGAAAUGGAAUUUGAUGACUAUCUUCCUGCAUUCCGGAGCCAUCACAAAAGGCUGGAUUUAGCAAUAGAUUCUUAAUGAAUUUCAGCUGCUACUUUUAUAAGGUCCAUUGAUAUUGCUUCAGAAUAUGCAAAUAUAACCCACUUCAACAUGAAGUCAGACAUACGUUUUUGUCAGCAAACUACAUGGGAAUUGUGCUUAUGAUUCCCAGUUAUGACAGUAAACAUUAGUCCCAUUUGCUGUUUAUUUUACAAACAGCAACUAUAUGCUGUCAAAAAAUCAUGGAUCUAUUCACCAAUUAAACAGUUCACUCAGCUGAAACAUGACAUUACCUUAUCAUCACUACUUUCACCGCUCUUCAUAUCUUUAUUUUUGUUAGUGCAUGAAAUAAUAUUGUGCAUUUGAAUUAUUGGUGCCUGGCUCUUUACUUCAAAGAUGUCCAUCAGUUUACACACGAUUAUGGUUAUUUCACAAUGUUUUUGGUUGUUCUUUAUUAUCAAUAAUGUUUAGAUAUUCUUCUGGAUAAAUAUCUUUUAUACAAUUGUUGCAAAUAUAUAACGACAACAGUUUUAUUAGCUGUAUUCAAGUCAAUGACUAUCAGCUGUUGAAUUCCAGUGAUUGUGAUAUGGAGGAUAUUAUGGCAUUGUUGUAAUAUCACUAGUCUAAUAAUACAUAGACCCAGGCUAAUGUUCUGAGGACAUGGGUUUAAAUCGCACCAUGGAAUCUGGUGAAAUUUAAACUUAGUUAAUUAAUCUGGAAUAUAAAACUAGUCUUGAGAAUAGUGAUUCUUAAAUGUCCUUUGCAAUAGCUGAGCAAGCCACUCUGUUCAGGGUGGGCAACAAAUGCUGGCCUUCCCAGUCACCUCAAAUCCCACGAAAAAAUAACAAUUAUGCAAGUAUAUAAACAUAGAAAAGGUAUACCCAAGCCAUUUUGAUUAAAUUUAAUUCUUUAUAUGCUGCAGUAAAAUAUGAGUACAAUUGACCAAACUUCUUAUAUUUAAGACAAUUUGAGACUUCUGGACUGAUGACUACAGAAUUGUUGUUACCUACAAUUUAACUUCCAAGAGUACACAGUUUAUAAAAACUGAAUCCAUUUCCCCUGUUAACUUCUUAUAUAUUUAUUAUAAUUAUGGAGCUAACCGAUAGACAACUGCUGUUUUCAAAGACAUUUUUUUCAAUUGGAAUACCACAGUCUAUUCAAAGCUAAAGUUUUGUCAUUGAUUACUGCUGUACAGAAAAAGACAUUUUCAAACUAAAAUUUUAACAGUCCCCAAAGGUUUCAAGUAAAUUUGUUUCAGUCACGUUUGGUCUCAGCAAAAACAGGCUUGCUGGUCCCUACUGGAUUUGUUUUAACAAACUGAGAAGUUCUGUUCAGGAUUUCCAUGCAUUCUCUUCAAUGUUGCUCAUUUUUGAUGACUAACAAGGUGAAGUGGAUUAAAAUGUCUGCACCAGGGUACCUUCUGUUGUUUCAAGCAAUUUUGGCUUUCUCAAAACUGUCACUGCCAUUCAUACAAUACAUGAGGUACUGGAAGACUGCUGUCUUGGGAAAUUGCAAGAUUAGCAGGUCGUGAGAAAAUGAAAUUAUAAAGGUAAUGAAGUUGUCUAGUUUUUCCAGCAUUCCAGUAAUUGGAAGCUAAUGGUUUGCUAUUCUUGAACACCAAGGAUUCCAGAAAGGCAUUUUUAAUGCCACUGAGUGUGUCAUAAAAUUAUAAAGCACAUUGGUAUUUUCUGUGGAUUAUAGCAUCUUUACUAUAUAUCAAAUAAUUAUCAAUUGCACUCCUAUUUAUACAACUAGCCAGUUCUUUCUGCGCUUUGAAUACCAUAUUUGUACUUGGAAUCAUUGGUUACAGCGCAAAGGGAGGCUAUGUGCCCUGUCGAAUCUGUGCUGGCUACUUGUACAAGCAAGUAGCUUGAGAAAACAAUGUGGGAAGUGUGAUGAUAUUAGAAAGGGGAGAAGAACUGAACUAAUCAAAUAUAAAAUCAAACACUAAUUCCUUAUUUUUGAGUCUUUUUAUGUAUGAACCAAUGAUGUCUUCAAAACCUUUUCUUAAGUGUUAAUUAACUUAUAUCAUCUUAUCAUCCUUUUCUGAUACUGCUUUAAUUAUCAUCACACUAAUAUUUACAUUAUUGGAUGGUCCCUGCAUUUGAGAUUACAUGAAGAAAAUGUUGAAAGCCAUUGAAUUGACAUGUGAUUAUUUAUCAGGUGUAUGUUAUUGGUCAUGAUGCCACACCUAGAAAUAAAUUACUUUUAUCCUUGCAUUUUGUGAUAUUUUAACAUUAAUUACAUUUGUUUGACAGUUGGUUUUUACUUUGUAGUCAGAUUUACACUUGCUUUAUCCUUAAAAAUCAAGUUUAUUUUUUGAUUAAUUUGCAUUGUAGUUUUGAAGUAUUGGGUUGCAUACACAUUUAUUUAAUUUGCAUUUCAUUUUUUAGGAAGAGUAGCAUCGAUAUUUUAAUGCAUUCUGUUAUUGUGAGAAUAUAUGCAAACUUCCUAACACCUGUAUCAGGAGAUAAGAGGCUAUGCUGUAAAUUUUUCAUUUGUAUAUUCCUGAACAAUUAUUGCUCUGAAUAAACUUAUCUCCGUUAUUAGAUUGCAUAAUAAACAUUGUUAUGGUAUAUUCGUCA